AUGUCUCUCGAUAUAUCCGAAGCUCCCACCGACAAGGAUGACGCUCCGCCCCACGAUCGAGCCUCGUCAGCGGAGGACGGAUACGAGGCAGGCGUAUCAGACCUCGACAGCGAAAGCCUGCACCAAAUUGCUUCUCGCAUUUCCCAUCGAUUGCAGGGGAAUGCCGGUCCCAAGGAUGUCCUGGCCAACGACAUGUCGGCUGCGGCCGAUGCAGAGCUCGAUCCAGACAGCACCUCGUUCAACAGCGCAUACUGGGCUAGGAUGAUGCUACGAAAAGUCAAAGGGGUCGGAGGAGGUUUUCAGCGAUCUGGAAUUGUGCUGAAGGACGUCACAGUCAGCACUCGUUGCACUUCGGAAGAUCUCCGCAAUGCCACCGUCGCGUCCGUAAUUCCGAUGGCAAUCAGAAGUGCAUUCCGCCAAAGGACCGCACCAACAAGAAACGUCAUUCGAAAUGUCGAUGUGCUGGUGAAGAGUGGGGAGAUGCUUUUGGUGCUCGGACGGCCCGGGAGCGGAUGCUCGACGCUGCUACGGACCAUAUCCGGGGACCUGGAGAACAUGACAAUUGAGAGUCCGGCGAUCAUACACUACAACGGCAUUCCACAAGUCCAUAUGCUCAAGGAAUUCAAGGGCGAAGUCGUCUAUAAUCCCGAAAGUGACCUGCACAUCCCACAUCUCACCGUGAAGCAAACCCUGGAAUUUGCGGCCGCAAUGAGGACACCGAGUCCCGGAACAGAAGAUUUCUCGAGGACUGAAUGGGCGCAGACCAUGGCGCAGAUUGCCAUGGCCACUUUCGGGCUCUCGGGUGUAGCCGACACCAUAGUCGGCAGCGACUUCGUCCGCGGCGUAUCCGGGGGACAACGCAAGCGCGUCAGCAUCGCCGAGAUGGCGCUCUCUCUCGCGUCCAUAGUAUGCUGGGACAACUGCUCGCGAGGCUUGGAUUCGACCACGGCGCUCGACGUCAUCCGCACCUUCAGGCUGGCGGCGGAAAUCCUCGGCUCCUGCCAGGUGCUCACGCUCGAGCAGUCGUCAAACGCCAUCUACGAUACUUUCGACAAGGUUACGGUGCUCUAUGAAGGACGGCAAAUCUACUUUGGACCAGCUGCAAAAGCCAAGGAAUACUUUGAGAGGAUGGGCUGGAUGUGCCCUCCACGCCAGACGACCUCGGACUUUCUUACUGCUGUGACGAGCCCGGAGGAGCGCACACCCCAACCUGGGUUUGAGAGCCGUGUGCCGAGGACAGCAGAUGAGUUUCAACGAUACUGGAAGAGCUCGGAUGAGUACGCUGCUCUCUGCCACGAAAUCAGCCUGCAUGAGGCAGAAUAUCCGCUCGAUGAAGCCAAGACUGCUCGUGAUUCUAAAGAGACGAUGCGUCAGAGAAAUAUCGACCAUGGAGCAUCCGGAUCCGCCUCUACCCCGAGCCUCACGCUGCAAAUCAAAUGGUGCUUGAUCAGAGCGUGGCAACGAGCUAUCAACGACAAGGCGUCCACCCUGACCGCCGUCAUCGGCCAGGUCGUGCUGGCUCUGGUGUUCGGCUCCAUGUUCUACCAGACGCCCGACGCCUCCGCCGGUUUCUUCUCCAAAGGCGCCGUCCUCUUCUUCGCUGUCCUGCUCAACGCCCUCAUCUCCAUCACCGAAGUCAACAAAGUCUACGCCCUCCGCCCCAUCAUCUCGCGGCAGGCCCGCAUCGCCUUCUACCGGCCCGCCGCCGAGGCUUUCGCGGGCUUCCUCCUCGACCUGCCCAUCAAGUUGAUUUCCGCGCUGUGCUUCAACACGAUCCUCUACUUCCUCGUCGGCCUGCACGGCACGCCCGCCGCGUACUUUACCUUCUUCCUGUUCAACUACCUCGCCGCCAUCACCAUGGCCUGCAUCUUCCGCGCCAUCGCGGCGAGCACGCGCUCCGCGCCGCAGGCCCUGGCCGCGUGCAGCGUGCUGAUGCUGGCCAUCGUCAUCUACAGCGGCUUCGUGCUGCCGCGCGCGUCCAUGCACCCCUGGUUUGAGUGGAUCAGCUGGAUCGACCCCGUCGCUUACGCGUUUGAAGCUCUCAUGGCGAACGAGUUCCACGGCCGCGACUUCAUCUGCUCCGAGUUUGUUCCCGCGUACCCGGAGUUGUCCGCCGGCGCGUUCGUCUGCGGCGUGACGGGAGCGGUGGCGGGCCAGCGCACCGUGUCGGGCGACACGUACGUCGAGUCCAAGUUCGAGUACUACUACAGCCACGUCUGGCGCAACCUUGGGAUCCUGUUGGCGUUUCUGGGUGCUUUCCUGGUAUUGUACCUUGUGGCAACUGAGUGGAGUGCAACGGGAUCGAAACUCCAAGCCGCCUCCAGACCCGUUCGGAACAGCAAUCACGCCAGCGAGAACUCAACGGAAGACGAAAACGACGGCGGGUUGGAGAAGGGCGCCGAGGCACCCCCUACGACAGACGAUCUCGACCCCACAGAAGAAGAGGAACAAAUCACGCUGAACCACGGCCGCACCUUCACAUGGCAAAACAUCUGCUACGACAUCCCCAUCCGCAACGGACACUCGCGGCGCAUCCUCGACGACGUCUCAGGCUGGGUACAGCCAGGCACGCUGACCGCGCUCAUGGGCGUCUCCGGCGCCGGCAAGACGACGCUGCUCGACAUCUUGGCCCAGCGUAGAUCCAUUGGCGUGGUGACGGGCGAUCUCUUUGUUGAUGGCAUGCCACUGAGUACGUCAUUCGCGCGGCAGGUUGGCUACGCUCAACAACAGGAUGUCCAUCUCGAGACGGCGACGGUACGUGAAGCCCUUCGCUUCAGCGCCGUUUUACGUCAGCCGGCAUGGGUAUCCCGAGAGGAGAAGUACGCCUAUGUCGAACGCGUCAUCAAGAUGCUGCGGAUGCAGGACUUCGCCGACCGUCGCGUGGGAGCGCCGGGACAGUCGUUGACGGUGACGCAGCGGAAGCUGCUGACCAUCGGCGUCGAGCUGGCCGCGAAGCCUGAGGUGCUGCUGUUUUUGGAUGAGCCGACGAGUGGGUUGGAUUCGCAGAGCGCGUUUUCCAUCGUGUCGUUGAUGCGGCGGCUGGCGGACCACGGGCAGACGGUGUUGAGCACGAUUCAUCAACCCAACGCUACGCUGUUCGGGCAGUUUGAUCGGCUGUUGUUUCUUGGAGAGGGCGGCAAGACCGUUUAUUUUGGCGACAUUGGGCCGCAGUGUUCGACCUUGCUCAAAUACUUUGAGAAGAAAGGAGCUGGCAAGUGUGACAUCGAGGAGAACCCUGCCGAGUACAUCUUUGAUGUAGUUUCGGGGUGCAACGGAAAACAAAAGCGGAAUUGGGCUGAUAUCUGGAAGGGCUCCACCGAGUCCACCGCCAUGAUGGAUUUGCUGAGCCGGAUGUACCACGAAAAACAGGAGGACCGUGAAUGCACAUUGGCGGACAAACUGAAAGACUCUAGGCAUGCAGCUUCCUUCCCCAACCAACUCCGCACCGUCUGGAAUCGCACCUGGCUCCAUUACUGGCGCUCACCGGGAUACGUCUGGUCCAAAAUUGCUUUGGUCAUUGGAUCUUCGCUUUUCAACGCCUACAGCUUUUUCGACCCGGGGAACUCGCCGCAAGGGACGCAAAACGCCAUGUUCAGCGUGUUCAUGCUCACAGCCGUGUUUGCGGCCAUGGUCCAGCAGAUCAUCCCGCGUUUCUCGACGCAAAGAGAACUGUUCGAAGUCCGCGAGCAGCCAUCCCGAACGUACGCAUGGCCUGUCUUCAUCAUCGUCCACAUCAUCAUCGAAAUACCUUUUCAGGUACUCAUCGGCAUCCUCGCAUUUGCUUGCUUCAACUACAACGUAUUCGGAAUCCUCUCCUCGGAAAGCCAGGCGCUUGUUCUGCUCUACGCCGUCCAGUUCUUCGUCUUCGCAUCCACCUUUGCACACAUGGUCAUCUCAGCCAUCUCCAGCCCCGACACAGCCGGAAUCCUGAGCGUUUUCGUCUUCAUCCUGACUCUCGUGUUCGACGGCGUCAUGCAGCCGAAAGAUGCUCUGCCCGGAUUCUGGAUCUUCAUGUACCGGGUAUCGCCACUGACUUACUGGAUAUCCGGAAUCCUCACUUCAGGCUUGCAUGGUCGAACAAUGAAAUGCUCCGAUUCCGAAGUCUACCGUCUGAGUCCUCCGAUGAACUCCAACAUGACCUGCGGAACCUACCUCUCCGAGUAUCUUGCAGUCGCCCCUGGAUACCUCCGCAACUCAGAUGCAACGGAGGAUUGCCAGUACUGCCCUGUCACGACGUCAGAUCAAUACCUUGGGGCUUCAGAUAUGCUUUGGACGGAUCGGUGGAGAAACUUUGGCCUGGGAUGGUCAUACAUUGCUUUCAAUAUCUGCGUGGCAAUUCUGUUUUUUAGAUUGAGGAAAAUGAGAAAGACAUAG